GCACGUGUCUGGCCUCGCCUUAUAUCUUAGUUACGCUCCACGCCUGACACCUCUACACCCAGUGUAACACUUGAUACCUUCUGUAACACUUGAUGUAACAUCUGCAAGUGUAGUACAUUAUACAGUGUAACACCUGAUGCAGUGCAACACUUGAUACAGUGCAACACAUGAUAGUGCCACACGUACCAGUGUAACACCUGAUGCAGUGUAACACCUGCCAGUAUAACAGCUGAUACAGUGCCACAUAUGAUAGUGUCACACCUACCAGUGUAACACCUGAUGCAGUGUAACACCUGCCAGUAUAACAGCUGAUACAGUGCAACACCUGCCAGUAUAACAGCUGAUACAGUGCAACACCUGCCAGUAUAACAGCUGAUACAGUGCAACACCUACUAGUGUAACACCUGCUAGUGUAACACCUGAUACUGUGCAACACCUGCCACUGAGCUUAUCAUUAGGAGCCUGAACAAUGGUUCGCUUUGCACGGGCUGAUGGGUCGAAGGGCUCGAAUAAACGCAUAUUGGAAGAGCCAACACCGUGGUCAGAAAUGAUUGCACAGAGGACAACCAAGACUGAACAAGAUAGUAAUGAAGGAUCACCCAAGAAAAAGAAACUUGAGCUUGUAGAUGGAAAAGAUGCUGCUGAAGCAAAGAAAUUAAAAACUGAGAUAAAGAAAACAGUAUUGACUGAAGAUAAAGCUGUAAAAGGCAAGAAAAAGAAGAAAGUAAAAGAAAUUAUAUCUUCAGACCCCAAAAAGGAGUUUGUUAUAAAUUCUCAGGGUCAGCGGGUCAAGGUUUUUAAGGAUGGAACAGAGAGGACGUGGUUUGACCUUCCAUAUGAAGACAAUGAAAGAAUGACUAGAUAUGAUGGCAUGUGGGUCAAACAGGAGAUGGUGGAAAAACUUGAUCUCCUAAAAGAAAGCCUUCGAGUAGAAGGUCUUGAUGCAGUAGUGGUGAUGAGAAAAAUGAUGCAAGCCAAAAGGAAGGCCCACAGACAACUGAGGAUUGAACUGAUAUAUGAGCAAAAGAACCUAUUAAGAGAAGAGAAACAAGUGAAAAAGGAGCAUGUCUCUGAAAGUCCAAUAAAAAUUAAGAAAAAGAAAAAGAAAAACGUUCCUUUGACUGAAAGUCCGACAAGUGAAAAAGACAGGAAAAAUAAGAAAAAGGUAACCUUAACUGAAAGUCCAAUAGAAAAUAACAAGAAAGACAAAGAAAAUACACAAAAUGUCGCAUUAGCAGAAAGUCCAAUAAAAACUAGCAAGAAAGAUAAGAAAAAAGUCGGUGUGACUGAGGAAGAAAGUAUGAAAGAUGAUACACAUGCAGUGUUUGACAAUGAAGAAACUAUGUCCGAGGGAGACAAUUUUAAGGGUAAUAGCCAUCUAGAAUUUGAACAGGAAGGGGAUAGUUUUAAAGAAGAUAAUUUGAAAGGUACUGACACUCUAGUAUUCGACUGUAAAGAAAAUUGCAUUGAGGGAGACAAUUUUAAAGGCAGUAAUCAAAUAGUAUAUGAACAGGAAAACGAGAAAUUUCACGGAGACACUUUUAAAGGCAGUAAUCAUCUAGUAUUUGAACAUGAAGAGGAGAACUUGCACAGAGACACUCUUAAAGGCAAUAGAUGUCAAAUAUUUGACCGUGAAGAGAAUAACUUUGUAGGCAGAAAUGUUAAUGAUAAUACACACACUGUAUUGGACUUCGAAGAGAGUGACUUGAUGACUCAGUAUGAAGGCUACUGGGUGAAGCGUGAAGCAGUUGAGAGGCUCGAGGCUGCAAAAACAGAGAAGUUGAGGAGCAUACGUGAGGCAAGAGUCGAUGGCAACGAUUCAGAAGAACUAACAUCAGCUGAACAAAUACUAUUCCAGCGAGUCAUGAAGAAAGAGAAACGAUUUGAGAAUAAAAAAUUACUGAGAGAAAUGGCAAAAUUAACAGGAAAAAGACACCUAAUGACUUUUGGCACAUAUGGACAAAAAAGUAAUGCUAAGAAACAAAGCAAUGCCACAUCUGCUGACAAUGAAGUAGUUAGAUUUGAAGGUUUCUGGGUCAAGAAGGAGUCUGCAGAUAGACUAAAUAAGCUAAGGGAUCGGCUUACAUCAGAAGGAGUUUCUAAUGAAGAAUUAAAAAUUAUAAUGCAAAAGGAACGCCGUAAAGAGGAGCGCCUAUUAAAAAACGAAAGGAAAUUAGUUUGCUUAAAGUGUCGCCAGCCAGGUCAUAUGGUGUCAGCUUGUCCUGAAGCAUCGGAGCAGACUGGUGAAGGACAAAUAACUAUUUGUUAUAAAUGUGGCUCAACUGAGCAUACCUCUCGUGACUGCUCUCUCAAACCAAAAGGUUCAGAGUACUCCCAUGCAACCUGCUACAUCUGUGGGGACGUUGGACACAUAUCUCGAGAGUGUCCCGACAACCCCAGAGGUCUUUACCCUAAUGGCGGGGCCUGUAGAGGUUGUGGAUCCGUAGAACACUUGGUGAAGGAUUGUCCUGAUUUGCAGAAGGAACAAGAAAAGUCAACCAUAAAGUUGAGUCGAAUAGAUGGAAGUGCUGUGGAAGCUUUAGAUAUUGAAGAAGCCGAUGAUCCUCAUGUGAAUGCUGAGGUGUCGCCUCUCAAAACAAACAAAGUUAAAGUUAUACAGUUUUAAUGUAAUAUUUUCUUAUGUAGAUUUUGGACGUCAGGAUGAAGGAACUCUGAGCCAUGGUAUAUUUGUUAGUCUAGAUUUUAUUAGUUGUUUGUUAUCUAAUAUUUUUACGAUACAAAGUUGGUGGAAUUUACUACAAAUUUCUAGUUCAAAAGUUUAUACUUAAUUAUGCAACUUGUACAUUUUCUCCUAGAUACAGCUAGAGAUUCUAUACAUCAGGUUUAUAGUUUGUAAUAAUAACAGCAACUUACUACAGAAAACACAUCAUAUUUAUCUCAAGAAUAGUUGAAGAAUACAUUUGAGAGAUGAAAUUGACUCUAGAACCCAAUGAAAAUCUAAAUUAACUAAGAGCCUUUGGCAUGAGUGCCAGUACAUUGCGGGAAAUUGGAAUCGAAGAAAGUGUUAUUAGUGAAAAUUGUAUACAUUUUCAAGUCCUUGACAAUUUUUAAUUGGUUGUUGCUAGAAGGAAAAAAAAUAGCCUAAGUAAAUAUAGGAUAGGUCAACGAAUACAUUAAAAAUGUAGCUGAUAUAAAAAUAAAAAGCACA